AUGUUGUGCAAUUGUAAAAUUAAUAAUUUCACACUAGUCUUACAAGCAGGUUCUGGUGCAUACGGUCUAGUCUUCCAGGCCAUCGACAACAAUAACAAUAACCAACAAGUAGCCAUAAAGGCCGUACUGAAGCAGCCACUACCAGCACAUCUACCGGAAGAGGAAAAAUCAUGUAUAAUAAAGACACAACUUUUACAAUAUUUCCAAAACAAUAAUAAUGAACUCGUUCUGCCAACUAUAGAACUGGCCACCAUUAGGAAUCUAACUCCGAAACAACUCACCAAGAUCCCUCAUUACAAGGAAAUUCAACUUCAUUUGAAAGUGCAUUCACAUAAGAAUAUUGUAUCCAUACACCAAGUGUUAGAGGGCACCAUCGCCACUUUCAUAGUGAUGGAUUACUACCCGAUCGAUUUGUUUACUUCGAUAGUGGACCUGGAACAUUUCGUCCAAGAUGGAAUCCUUAUUAAGAAAGUGUUCUUACAACUUUGUUCAGCUAUAGAUUAUUGUCAUGAGAUGGACGUGUAUCAUUGUGAUAUCAAACCGGAAAAUCUACUACUGGAUGAUGAUGAUAACGUUUAUCUUUGCGAUUUUGGUCUGUCGACCACUUCACCAUUUUUGACACCAAAUGUUUCCAUCGGCAGUUCUUACUAUAUGGCGCCGGAGCGAAUAUCCUAUGAUGAAAAUAGAGUUGAUAAUGAUGAUGAUGAAUUACCCAAUUGUAACGGGGAUAUAUGGUCCUUGGGGAUCAUAUUGAUAAAUUUAACAUGCAUAAGAAAUCCAUGGUUGAAAGCUCAUCAUGAUGAGGAUAACACUUUCCAUUAUUUCUUAAAGGAUACCAACGUGUUGAAGAAGAUUCUCCCCAUUUCUGAUUCUUUAUUUUAUAUCCUGACCAAGAUUUUACAAGUGAAUCCUCAUAAUAGAAUCGAUAUUAAAUCUUUAAUGAAUGAAAUCGUCAAUAUUGAACAGUUUACCACGAGUGGUCCAUUGAAUUAUGUGCCAAGAUUAUCAAAGGAAUUAUUCGCUAAAUAUGUGGCCAUUGAUGAAACGAUAAACACAGAUUAUGACGAUUACAUUUAUAAGAGCUAUACCACUAAUGAAAACCAAUUUAAUGAAAACGAUAACUAUAAUGAAGAUGAAUACAGUUGUAACACAAACAGUUUAAUAACUUCCUCCAUGGAAACAACACCUUAUGACUCAGACGCUAAUGACAACUUUAAUGACAACACUAAUAAUAAUAAUAAUAAAAACCUUAUGAAGAAAAUGGUACACCUCAAGAUGAAGGAAAAUUUGUCCAACGUAAAGAUGGAUUUAUCAGCCACGAACUAG